AUGGCUCUGUUCUUUAUGUCCUUGCUCAUAUUGGCUUCCUUUGUUUCUUCUCUACAUGCCCGAAAGCUCUUGAACACAAAUCAGAGUGACAAGAUGAUACCAAAUUUAGACAGUUUGUACCUAACUGCACUUCCUAAAGGUACUGUACCAUCCUCCACUCCAAGCAAGAAGGGUCAUGCCAUGAACGUCGAUGAAAAGCUCAUUGCCCGCCACCUCGCCGCCGUCGAUCGGAUUCUCCGGUCGGUCCCAAGCCCUGGAGUAGGCCAUUAG